AUGCCAGCGAUUUGGAGGCCGAACGUGGGCAGGGUGCUCCUGGAUGUGGACGUCCAGGUUGGGGUGACGGAGGACGCGUCGAGCAAGGGGACGAAGCGGAAGAGGGCACCUCCCACGAAGGGGCCAUGCGAGCACGGGGUGAAGUACCGGUCGAACUGCAAGGUGUGCAGCGCUUGUCCCCACGGGAAGAAGCGCAGUGUGUGCAAGGAGUGCGGUGGGUCUCAAAUCUGCGAGCACGGUCGUCGCCGCUCACUGUGCAAAGCGUGCGGUGGGGGCUCCAUCUGCGAGCACGGUCGUCGGCGCGACAGAUGCAAGGAGUGCGGUGGUGCAUCAAUCUGCGUGCACAGUCGUGUACGCUCUUACUGCAAGGAGUGCGGCGGGUCAUCAAUCUGCCAGCACGGCCGUCAGCGCUCUGAGUGCAAGGAGUGCGGUGGGGGCUCCAUCUGCGAGCACGGUCGUCGGCGCUCUGAGUGCAAGGAGUGCGGUGGGUCUCAAAUCUGCGAGCACGGUCGUCGGCGCUCUAGGUGUAAGGAUUGCGGCGGGUCAGGAAUCUGCGAGCACGGUCGUGAACGCUCUAGGUGCAAGCAGUGCGGUGGGGGCUCCAUCUGCGAGCACGGUCGUCAGCGCUCUCGGUGCAAGGAGUGCGGUGGGUCUCAAAUCUGCGAGCACGGUCGUCGGCGCUCUAGGUGUAAGGAUUGCGGCGGGUCAGGAAUCUGCGAGCACGGUCGUGAACGCUCUAGGUGCAAGCAGUGCGGUGGGGGCUCCAUCUGCGAGCACGGUCGUCAGCGCUCUCGGUGCAAGGAGUGCGGUGGGUCUCAAAUCUGCGAGCACGGUCGUCGGCGCGACAGAUGCAAGGAGUGCGGUGGGUCUCAAAUCUGCGAGCACGGUCGUCGCCGCUCUACGUGCAAGGAGUGUCGCGCCGCGAAUUAA